CACACACGGAGAUCACAAUGCCAAACAAUCAGUGUAAUUGUUAUACAUACGCUGUUAAUAAAAACAGGUAGAAGAAGACGAAGGUAGUGAUGAUAAAACUGGCACAUCAGAUUAUUAUCAGAUGUGAAUCUGUACGUAUGUGCCUGCAAGUGUAUUCUCCUAAAUUUUAUCCCAUGUAGAUACUUGCAACCAUUUUUAUAUAUGUGUACAUUUCUCAUUACGACACGGGCAAUAAUUUCCGGUUGACAGUACCUUUUCCUACCUUGAUGGAGAACGAUGUACGGAUCUGAUGGCGAAUUAAGAGAUAAUUAAGAGUUUGUGUGUGCAAUAUAAUAAACCUCUCUCUUUUUAGGGAGGAAGGUCCUUUUAAGGCAUCUCUUAAAGUAAAAUGUGAAGGAAUAUGUGUAGGAAAUAUUUUAAUAAAAAUGAGAAAACCAGAUUGAGUGAUAUCUUAAAAUAAGAUGAGAAUGUGGCUCCGAUUCCGUAGAAAGUCGUAUCUGCUCUUAUUAUCCUGUGCAGCCUUCAGUGCUCUUUGUUUCUAUAAAGUUACCUCUCUCGUGGGGACGGGAGGUUUGGAGCAUGAAAAUUUACGUAGCAAGCAAUCCCGGUAUAAUCCAAGAGAUAUUCAUGUCGUGAUCGGUUUCUACCAAGGAAAUAACUUGCCAUGGGUCGCAGGGGAUAACUUAACUGAUGCAAUUCUCAACUCCGCCACAUUUACAUCGACGGACCCCUUGGCCGGACGUGAUGGGGAAGCCGUCAUAAUUCCGUCCUUCGAGUCUCCCAAAAUGUCGAAACUAUUCCAAAUUAAUCGCUUCAAUAUCAUGGCAUCAGAUCGAAUUCCACUCAACAGAUCACUACCCGACGUGCGAAAGAAAGACUGCAAAAUGAAAAGUUAUCCAUUACAUGAUCUCCCCACGACCUCAGUCAUCAUCGUAUUUCAUAAUGAGGCAUGGUCGACUUUGCUAAGAACGGUCCAUUCAGUUAUUAACAGAUCUCCGAAACAAUUAGUGGAGGAUAUCGUGCUAGUGGAUGAUGCUAGUCAAAGGGUCUUUCUAAAAACUCAGUUGGAGUUGGCAGUAGCGGAACUUGCCAUUCCGGUGAAAGUUGUCCGUUCGGAGGAUCGCGUGGGCUUGAUCAAGGCGAGAUUACUGGGGGCGAAAGUGGCAAAGGGGAAAGUCCUUACUUUUCUGGAUGCUCAUUGCGAAUGUACGGAAGGCUGGUUACCACCAUUGUUGGAAAGAAUAAGAAUCAACAGUAGAUCAAUUGCAAGCCCUGUGAUAGACAUCAUAAAUGAUGAUACGUUCCAAUACAUACGGAGUUUCGAACUCCACCAAGGAGGGUUCAAUUGGGAGAUGCAUUUUCGGUGGUUUUCGUUACCCUCGGACGUAAUCGAGGAACGCCGAAAGGAUGGUGACAGUACGAAACCAUUCACAACUCCGGUGAUGGCCGGAGGUCUAUUUUCUAUUGAAAAAGAAUUCUUUUAUGAUUUGGGGGCAUACGACGAAAAAAUGGAAGUUUGGGGUGGCGAAAACCUAGAAUUAUCUUUUCGAGGUUGGAUGUGCGGUGCAACUUUGGAAAUUGUUCCAUGUUCUCACGUGGGUCAUUUAUUCCGAAAAUCAUCCCCCUACACAUUUCCGUCCGGUGUGGGGACCACGCUAAACUCGAACCUGGCUCGCGUGGCUUUAGUUUGGUUGGACGAAUGGAAAAAUUUUUAUUUCAAACUCCACCCUGAAGUGGCUGCCUACUCGAAAAACCAAUCAGUCGGUGAUCGCAUAGAAUUGCGUUCGAAAUUGAAUUGUAAAACGUUCCGUUGGUUUUUAACUCACAUUUGGCCACACCAUUUUUUCCCAAUGGAGGAUCGAUUCUUUGGGAAAAUACGGAAUAAGAAAUCAAAUAAAUGUUUACAAUCACCACGAACAAAAACGUUUGGGCAACCGUACGGACCUGCCACCAUGUCGGAUUGUAUUUUGGAAUUGUAUGCACCCCAAUUAUUCGUCGUGACACCGGAAGGUUACAUCAAAACGGACGACAGCGUUUGUCUCGAUGCGAUUGAGUUUAAAGAUGGAAGCGAAGUAAGAAUUAUGGCUUGCAAUACGUUAAAAAGACAAAAAUGGACAAUCAGUAAUGGAAAUGUUGUGCAUUCACUGAGCGGAAAAUGCUUGGAUUUGCCUGAUAAAGGAGACGGAUUGGUAGUAAGAGAAUGCUUAAGUGGGAGUAGAAGUCAAUUGUGGACGCUGGAAAACGUACAGUGGAAAUUGUAAUGGCAAUGCAAAUAAAAAUACUUAAUAUGUA